AUCACUUUGCUCUUCGUCUUUGCCAUGGGGAUCGACACGGUCCGAGCCGUCGAUCAGUUGCAUGUGAUCUCCUGGAACACCGCGGGUUUCUCCAGGACGCACGAACUGAUCAAAUCGCAUUAUGGCGACCUGCACACGUUUCUUCGCCGCCACCGAGCGGAUGUUUUUUGCGUUCAAGAGACGCGUAUGAAGGCUUCGAUGUUUUCGAGCCUUGCAGAGUGCAAGCAACUGGGGGCGAUCACCGAGGGCUAUGAGAGCUUCUGGGCCUUCAAUGAGCAGAAAGGUGUUGCGGGAGGAACUUGUGGUGUCGCGGUGUGGGUCAGGAAGGACCUUGCAAAGGGUAUCAGAGCAACGCAAAAGGUGUUCAAGGUGGACGACUUUGAUCAAGAAGGUCGCUGUUUGCUGGUGGAUUGGGGAUCCCUGGCGCUUUUCAACGUGUAUGUGCCGGUUUUAAAGGGUCCAGAGGACCAGCCGCGAAAGCUGAAAUUUCUGGAGCUCCUCAGGCACAAAGUGGAGGAGAUGCAGAGCGCGGGCAAAAUGGUCAUUGUUUGUGGAGAUUUCAACCUCACAUGGCGCCCGAAGGAUUUUCAUGGCCUCUAUGUGAAAGUGGUGGAGGAUUGCGUCUGUGGCAAGACGGAAUGGCGCCUCAAUGGUGGCCCGAAUCGCUCCGCGCUGCUGACUCGUGGACAGGACUCCUGGAUCCGCCUCGGUGAGGCGCAGAAAGCCUUGCAGUCCGAGCUGCUGGUGAGCGCAGCCUCCGCCGAGCUGCGCGCCGCACGUCCUCCCGACGGCGCCGAGCUGCUCCGCGUCGUGGACGCGGCCAGCGGAGCCACGCUGUGGAUGAAGGGCGGCGGAGCGUCGACGCCUCUGGAGAUCGUGCAAGGCUUGGAUGGCGCACAGCAGAUUCGCUUGCAGUUCGGUGUUCCGGCGAGUGAUUUAGCGGCUCACGGGCAGACCUAUCACUCAGUGAUGGAACCGGAGUGUGUGGAGUUCUUUUCCAAGUGGCUGGAGACCCUGACUGAUACCUUUGCCGCCUGUCAUGGAACAGCGGAAAGGCGCUUCACCUGCUGGAUGCAGCGUGCAAACAUGCGCUAUUCCAACAAAGGAUCUCGCUUGGACUACAUUCUUUGUGAUCAGAGACUGUUGAAGCUGUUGGUUUCCACGAAGACGUCCCAGCUGGCGGGGGCGACCGCGGACGAAGAAGCGUCGCCUUGGUUGGAUUGGAUUCUUCCAACCUCUCUCCCCGGUUGGUCUCUGGGUGGUGUCCUCGAUUCAUCUCAUAGGCGGCCUGGAACGCCGCCACCCACUUUGGAAGGUGGCACGGCGCACAUCAGGUGCAGAAAGGAGAUGAUGGUGGUGGCUUGAGCCUUCAGCAAGAUGACAUGCGAUUGAACGACUCGCAGUUUCGGGCUCCACACACGGGGAUUCUCUACACACCGCCGAAGUAUUCAGAUCAUGUGCCGGUUUCUGCAGUCUUUGAAGGCCUCGACUUGGCGCCACAGGCAAGUGUCUCGGUCCCGGUCCUCAUCGGAUCGGAGGACACUCGAGGCACACAGCCGUGGACCUCGCAAGCGACGCUGGGGAGCUUUUUCGUGCCCUCGAAGAGGCCCAAGAGGUCCUGACACACACAUUGGGCGUUCGCGCGGACGUUCUGAGCGGCUCGGCGUUCGGUCCAAGCGCGGGCGUUCUGAGCGGUGCCCGUCCUGGCUGAGAGGUGUGGCUCUCUGGAGCCAGAAGUGCCGCGUUGGACUGGGUUAGCAGUGCUGGGGUUAGCAGUGCUCGACAUGGCGCCGGGAGUCUAUCGCCAUGUGGUGAAAA